GCGGCUGGGAAGAACCAUUCCCGCCUGCCGCAGGGAGCCGGCCCCGCGCCGCCGCCGCCAUCCGCGCUCCCCCAUCCCCAUGGUUACGGCUCCUGCUUCCCGGCCGGUCCUCGUCCCCCGGCUGUCGCCCGCCCUCCAAGCAGGCACAGAGGCGGCUGGCAGUCCCCAGGCUGAGUUCUGGAAGCCGCCUGCUGAGAAGCGCCGACGUCUGCGGUCCCGGCUCUGGCUCUGACUCAUCCCCGGUGCGGAGCCCGAGGCGCGGGGUCGGCUGCGGUCCUGCAAUCUGUUGAUAAGUCCACUCGCCUGCUCCCGCCCUCGGCCCCUCGGCAUGGAAACCCGUCUCCGGGCACGGAGCUCGCGCCGCAGCGGGUCGGCUCGGAGGAGCACGGCGGGGCCCCCACGGCGGCUUUUGCCAAAAUAGAUGGGGACAGCCUCUUGACCCUCACCUGCCCUGCCAUCGCCCUGAGACACCUGGCCCGGGGCUCGACCCCACAGCCACUGUGUGGGACCUUGACCUUCGGGACGGCCAUGGAUGCCGGCAGGGAAGAAGGUGCCACAUAAUCGGCUCAACGGCAACCCCGCUCUGUCCGGCACGCACGCUGCAGGAGCUUGGCAGGGCUCAUGGAUCUGAAGACUGUCCUCUCCCUGCCCCAGUACCCAGGGGAGGUCCUGCACCCUGUGGUGUACGCCUGCACCGCCGUCAUGCUGCUCUGCCUCCUGGCCUGCAUCAUCACCUAUGUCGUGCACCAGAACGCCAUCCGGAUCAGCCGGAAAGGCCGGCACACGCUCCUGAACUUCUGCUUCCACGCGGCUCUGACCUUCACGGUGUUUGCGGGCGGCGUCAACCGCAGCAAGUACCCCGUCCUGUGCCAGGCGGCGGGCGUCCUGCUGCACUACGCCACGCUGGCCAGCAUGCUGUGGAUCGGGGUGGCCGCUGGGAGCAUCUACGAGCAGGUGACCAGGAAAGCGCCCCCGUGCCCGGCCGCAGACCAGCCGCCGUACCCCAAGCAGCCCCUGCUCAGGUCCUACCUCAUCGGCGGAGGGGUUCCCUUCAUCAUCUGCGGGGUCACAGCCACCACGAACAUCAGGAAUUAUGGCGUGGACAAUGAGGACGUGCCCUACUGCUGGAUGGCCUGGGAGCCCAGCCUGGGUGCGUUCUACGGGCCAGCGGCCUUCAUCGCCCUGGUCACCUGCGUCUACUUCCUGGGCACCUACGUCCAGCUGCGGCGGCACCCGGAGCGCAGGUACGAGCUCAGGCUUCGGACGGAGGAGCAGCAGCGGCUGGCAGGGCCCGAGGCCGGCCACCACCCCGGGGCCCGGCCCGGCCCACUGCCCGCCUGCGACGGCCUGGCCGCCUCCCUGCUGCAGAACGAGCACUCGCUCAAGGCCCAGCUGCGGGCCGCGGCCUUCACGCUCUUCCUGUUCACGGCCACCUGGGCCUUCGGGGCGCUGGCCGUGUCUCAGGGCCACUUCCUGGACAUGGUCUUCAGCUGCCUGUACGGCGCCUUCUGUGUGACCCUGGGGCUCUUCGUCCUCAUCCACCACUGUGCCAAGAGGGAUGACGUGUGGCACUGCUGGUGGUCUUGCUGCCCCCACCGCGGGGACGCACACGCCACGCAGCUCGCCGCCCGCCCCGCACUCGACACCAAUGGGGACGCGAUGGGCCACGUGGCCUGCCUGCAGGACUCACCGUGUCCAGGCAAGCCACGGGGCUUCGGCCGCCCACCCACCGGCCACUGCAAGUUGACCAACCUGCAGGCCGCCCAGAGCCACAUCAACUGCCUGUCACCGGCCACGCCGCGCUGUGCCAAGACACACUGCGAGCAGCUGAUGGAGGACGCGGCCCACGUCCACGUGCACGAGGAGGACGCCUUUGGACACGAGCCACACCUGCACAGGGGCCUCCAGGCCAGAACUAAGCCCCCCUACUUCAGCCGGCACCGGACGGCCAUGGAGGAGCAGGAGUACGCCUACCACAUCCCAUCCAGCCUGGACGGCAGCCCCCGCAGCUCAGGCACAGACAGCCCCCCCAGCUCGCUCGAGGGCCCGCUGGGGGCACACACGUUGGCCUGCUGCACCCAGGGCGACCCCUUCCCCCUGGUCAGCCAGCCCGAGGGCAGCGACAGCAGCCCGGUGCUCUACAGCUGCCCCCUGAGGCCAGGCAGGGAGUCGGCCUCCGGCCCUGUGCACUUCGAGAUGCUCCGGAGGACACAGUCCCUGCCCUUCGGUGGCCCCGGGCAGAACGGGCUGCUCAAGGGAGACCUGUGUGAAGUCCUAUCCUUCAGUGCCAAUGGCAUCGGCAACAUCAGGACAGGGCCGUGGAAGAACGAGACCACCGUGUAGCCGGCCUGACGCCACCGAACCCUGGCGGACAAACGCGGCGCAGAGCAGGGUCCUACACGGGAGGCCAGCGGGGGCUCGCUUCUCAGACGUGGCCAGCACCCCCACAGACCCUUGGUUGCGGAGGACCCGAGUGGGAAGAUGCUUUGGGCCACAUCUGCUUCAGCUAAUCCUAAGGUCAGACGGGCCGUCCAUGUCCCAGGAUCCAGCUUUCUGAUCCCAUAGUACACAGUCCCCAGGGCAGCCCAGGAACGGAGCAGGUGUUCUAUCAGGAAAAUACCCUCCGUGCCCGGCGUGGGCCAUAGGGAGCUCUGGGGUGAGUCCCAUCUGCCCCACCAGCCUGGCCACAGCAGGAGGUACCCCCAGUUUUUCUAGUGUCUAGUGUGUGUCUCAUUAAGUUUUACUCCAAGGCACAGGCAGGCUGCCUGUCUGGACCAGGGCCGUCACCCCAGGCCCCUCUGCCGGUCCAUGUCACUACCGCCACCUUCAACGGCCGCCCUGGGUGCAGCCCCCACAGGCCUGAGAGCCUCAUGGACGCUUGGGCUUGUGACCCAACCCAGGUGCACGUGAGAAGAAGGGGCAGCCUGUGACAGUCCUCCAGGGGACCAGCCGGCGUCUUUGAGGGGCUCUGAGCCUUCAGAAAUGCCCAAAUGCCCGUCAGCAGACUCGAGAGCCAAAGCCAGCCACUGUCAGGACCGUACCCUGCCCCAACAAGGUCAUUUGGGGCUCUAAAUUCCCAGCCCUGAGAAGAGGGGGGCUGGCAUUUCCAGGAGCAUCUGGGCUUGAAGGCCCGACUCAGACGACAGUUGUCCGUCAGAGUGAGCUGUGUAUGGAGCUAGGGGCCCUUUGCAGAGGCAGGGCCCGGGGUCCCCACAGAGGCAGAGCCCGGACCCCUGAGAACACGUGUGCAGGACGGCCCAGCCAUUCCUCCCUCCCUCCUCCCAGAACCGUGGCACACACGCGCACACACACAUGUGUGUGCCACACGUAUAUACGUGUGCAUACAUCUCCAUGCUUGUACGUGUGCGCGCGCGUCGCACACACUCCAUGCCCACCGCACGUGCACCACACGUGC